GAAUAGGAUCAUGGCAAAUUGAGAUUUCCUCGUCCCAUGUAAAUUGCAAUUCCGGUGGCGGCAGCAGAGAUGGAUUUGAGCAGAGAGAAAACAUUGGCCCCAUCUCCCCUUGCCACGGACAAGUCGCUCCUUCGUACUCUGCUCAGAAAGUAACUUACAGCGGUGCGAUAAACGCCAGGGAGCGUGCACACAUGACAAUUACUACAAAACUACAGUCUUCAGGUUAGCCUUUCAUCACGAUCACUCCAGGCGCCGAAACACCCAUAACAUGCCGCAUACCACCAAAGCGGUAGCACAUUCGAAACAUCCAGAAUCCGUGCCAUUCGUAUGCCCUCAUUAAUCCCUGACGUAAUCGGAUGUUCAGUAUAACACCGACACCUAUUUUGCAGAUAACCUUCGCGUGUCUCGAGUGGUGGCGAACUUGUCGGAGAAUCAGCGGAAACAGUGGUCGCUGAGGGUGAGUUGGAAGAAAGCCGACCAGGUAGCAGUAAAGACCGUUGGUCUCAACCAGUCAGCAACCCAGGGUAUGUAGGUUUCGACGGCGAUCAAAGAAGGCGGCAAGAGCAUUUGGGACGUAAAAAUAAUCAUUUCGAGGUGAUCGGACUGUACAAUCCAAGCACGAGAAAUGGAGAAGUGGGUGGUGAUAACACAGACUUGGAGCCCAUAUUGGAAAACAGGAUGGGCCUUGGAUAGGUUCGUAUCUCUGGAUGUCACGAAGACUGCGGAAAACCUCCAUGAUAUACACAGGGCAAUAAGUAGCGCAUAUCGUACAGUUUCGAAACGCCGAAUCUGCGAGGAGAGUUCAGGCGCUUGAUACCUGGAAAGUUCGAGACAGAUAGCCGAACCAGACGCUGUCAUUACUUCCUAACCUCCUGGGAAGGAUGAGAUGUGGGAAGAGCAAAAUGUGUCCCGGGCCAUACCUCCGAACCAAUAUAGCAUUUUGGAAUACAGUCUUGAAUAUUACUCCCCCGGACUUCUGCACCGCAACAAUGUUCUUCUUCGAUUCAGACAGGGUAGGUCCGAGGAGAAUAGUUGGGGGCAUUGGAAAGGGAGACACGCGCGGCUGCGAGCUGUCAAAGUGUGAGACCAAAGCGCAGCUCCUAGCCUCGCUUGUUUCGUGAUACCUUUCUCUUUUCUGAGAUCCUCGCAGCGUCCCUUCUCCUUUCAGCACUUGACGCGAGAUGUGCUUUGAGCUGGCACGUCAGAUCUUGUUUAUUGAUUUCGUGAAGGCAAGGGGGCGGCCUCGAGGCUUAUAACAUGUAAAGGCGGCCAAACAACAAGUGUUGCUUCUUUGGAAAAAUGAGACAUGUCGUACUGAUGUGGUGGAAGCACGGGCCGC